AUGACUGUCAAGGGGACGAUUCGGUUUGAGGACCUUGGAGAGCCGGUGCAGCGGCUUCUGAGGUCGCUGAAGGGCGGCUACACGGAGGAGGACAUGGCGUUGCUCGAAUACGUCUCCGUGAAGGACAUGGCAAGGAUCUACGGAGAGAUGUCUUCUGAACGUCACGCGGAAGAAAUUUGGGAGGAGCUCCGUGCAGCCCUAAAAGCCCGGCAGGAAAAGGCAGCACGCCGUGAGUUGGAACUGCGCAAUAGGCAGCGGCAAAUUGAAGCCGAUCGGGAGGCGGAUGAACGGGCACGGCGCGAGCAGGAGGCGCUCGAAGAGGCGGAACGGCGAGCGGCGGAGGCGCGGCGUGAGCGACACGAGACACUACGCAAAAUUCGUGAGGAGCAGGCCGAGGAAGAGGCAGCAGCGGCUGCUGCAGAGGAGGCCGCUUUGCUGGCGGCGGAGGAAGAGAAACUCAGGCGGAAGGCAGAGAAGAGGCGAAAACGGCAGGAAGCGCGUGAGCGGGAAUUGCAGGAGCAGCAAGAGGCGUUGGAGGCGGAGCGGAAGAAACACGCGGCUGGAAAUUCGGCAUCGCAGAAAAAGGCCUGGGAGGAAUAUGUCGCCAGUCAUCCUCUGGAGUUUGGCAAUGGAAAUCAAAACAUUGAGCAACAACACGUCGAACACAAGUUGAGGGCCCCACCUUCGGCCACAACAGACCUCCUCAACCGAACAUAUACUCCCAAGUGUCCUAACUGCGCAACAAAAUUUAUGUCCCCUCCAAAGGAGUGGGAUUGUCCUCUUUGUCUGAGACGGACACGUCAGCAUAUCAAGGUAUGGCAACCAGACGAUUCUUCUAGUGAAUGCAUGAUUUGUCAUGCGGCUAUUGGUCGCUUCUCUCGCCAUCACUGUCGAAGCUGCGGCCGGUUAGUAUGUGAUACAUGUAGUAUGGCAAAGGCUAUUAUUCCAGCCUUGGGAUUUAAUGCUGCUACAAAGAUAUGUGAUGACUGUGCGCAGAUGGGUCAACGACCCAAAGAAACAUUCUAA